AUGCAAGGAGUUCCUAUUGUUAUUGAUAAUGGAACAGGCCUUACUAAAGCCGGUUUUGCUGGUGCAGAAGCUCCAAAAUCCGUAUUUCCAACUAUUAUUGGUUCACCUAAGUCAAAUAUGCAAAUGGUUGGUGGUCAAAAUAAAGAUUUCUUUGUAGGAUUUGAAGCUGUUCAAAAAUCAGAUUUACUUGUUCUUAGACAACCAAUUGAGAAUGGUACAAUAUCAAAUUGGGAUGAUAUUGAGAAAAUUUGGCACCAUACUUUUUACAAUGAAUUACUGGUUGCCCCUGAAGAGCACCCUGUUAUCCUUGCAGAAAAACCAAUGUCUCCACGUAUGAAUCGUGAAAAAAAGAUUCAAAUGAUGUUUGAAACUUUCAAUGUCUCUGGAUUUUACUUAGGAAUGCAAGCAGUUUUAGCUUUGUUUUCUAUUGGAUGCACUACAGGUGUUGUUUGGGAUGCUGGAGAAGGCGUCAGCUUUACUGUUCCAAUCUAUGAAGCUUAUGGACUUCCACAUGCCAUCAUGCGCAGUACAAUCUCUGGUGCUGACAUUACAAAGCAUUUACAGAAGACAUUACUCGAUCGUGGUGUCAAUCCUGAGUCAAUUAAAUUAGAAGAUUGCAAAGUUCUCAAAGAAAAGAUCUGCUCUGUUAUGUAUGAUUUCCAGGCUGAAGAACAGAAAGCUCAACAAGGAAAAAUAGAGCAACAAUCAGUAAAUCUUCCAAAUGGCGAUCCACUUCUUUAUACAAGCGAAGGAUUCAGAACAGCUGAGAUUCUUUUCCAGCCAUCUCUUGCAGGUGUCCAAGCUGAUGGUGUUCAGCUUCAAAUCUACACUGCUUUGGAAAGAUGCGAUACAGAUGUCCGCAAAGAAAUGUAUGGCAAUAUAGUUCUCGCUGGAGGAACAUCUAUGUUUAAAGGCCUCCCUGAGAGAGUUGAGAAGGAAGUUAUUGCUAUGGCCACACCUUCAAUGACUGUUAAAGUUGUAGCAACACCUGAAAGAAGAAAUGCAGUCUGGAUAGGUGGUAGUGUUCUUGGAUCAUUAGAAGCAUUCCCAGCUAUGAUGAUUAAUAGAGCAGAAUACAAAGAAGAAGGAAUUCAAAUUGUUCACAGAAAAUACUACAGCUAA